AUGGGUGACGAACAAGACGAUAAUCUUGAGUUAAGAUUGUCUAUCAGUCCAAGGCCGUCUUCCAGGGCGACGCCGGUGGCGGUUACGUUACCGGUGCAGGUAUCUCCCCAACAAGAAACACUAAGAAUGGUUUCCCUGCCGUCACCGGUGCAAACACUGCUCUAUGAAUCACCAACUUCCCACCCUCUUCAGUUGUCCGCCAACCAUCAUCUCUACGCGCCAUCGGAGGAGAUCUCUUUUUCGCCGUCUCCGGAGGAAGUUCCCCGAAGUGGGGCCAUAACCGGAGCAGUCCCAUCAAGAAACGUACGUAAUCGGAGGAACUCUACAACAAAUGCUCCGCGAAGAGGGAAAAGCGAGACGAUCGAACCUCCAUAUCCAUGGGCGACGAACCACCGAGCCAUGGUUCAUGAUCUUCAACAUUUGUUGUCGAACGGGAUCCGUACCAUCACCGGCGACGUCCAAUGCAAGCGGUGCGAGAGACAAUACCAGAUGGAGUACGAUUUGAUAGAGAAGUUCACUGAAAUCGGCGGUUACAUAGCGCGUAACAAGCACUCCAUGCACGACCGAGCACCACCUGUUUGGUGUAAUCCUGUGUUACCCAAAUGCAGGUUUUGCGGCCAGGAGAACAGCGCGAAGCCGGUGAUUUCAUCCAAGAAGAGAGCCAUUAACUGGCUAUUCUUGCUGCUCGGCCAAAUGAUCGGUUGCUGCACUCUCGAACAUCUCAAAUAUUUCUGCAAACACACCAAUCUUCAUCGCACUGCUGCCAAAGAUCGCGUUAUUUACCUCGCUUAUCUUUGUCUCUGCAAGCAACUCGACCCCACUGGCCCUUUCGAUCGAGAAUUUUGA